AUGUACUCCACCUAUGAGGGAAGCCAUCUGCUGUCCAGAAGCUCAUCAGGAGAGGGUUGUAGAGAGACACACUGGCUGGUUCUACUGGACGGCACCAGCACUAAUGAAGCUGGCUGGUGUGAUACUAAAGCUAUAAUUCUUUGCUUUAAUCUUUUUUCCUCUGUCUUCUCUGUGUGUUGUAGGCACACAUUCUGGCAGUACCGCAAAGAGAAUCCCAAGUCCCAUGUAGGCGACCCUCCACCAGACGGUCUGCCCGGCUUCAACAGCGGCGUAAUGCUUCUGAACCUCGAAGCCAUGCGUCGCUCGACCUUAUACAACCAGCUUCUGGAUCCCGGGCGGAUUGCCCAGCUCGCUGAGAAAUACCACUUCCGAGGGCAUCUGGGCGAUCAGGAUUUCUUCACCAUGAUCGGGAUGGAGCACAGGGAACUGUUUUACCCACUUUCAUGUGGCUGGAACCGACAGCUUUGCACUUGGUGGAGGGAACAUGGGUACGGUGACGUCUUCCAGCUGUACUAUCACUGCGAUGGCCCGGUGCACAUCUACCACGGCAAUUGCAACACUCCUAUACCUGAUGAUUGAGGGUUUUCGAAUGCUACAUUUUUUAUUAAACUCGAGUUUUGUUUGCACAUCUUGAACAAACAACUUAAAAUCAAGUGGACCGAGGCAGAAGUGACUCGUCGUUAGAGGUGCUAAUAGGGUAGCAUUCCCAUGCCUUCCACAUUUACACUAUAUGCUCCAGCCAUUACCACAUUAUUCAUUCAUUUAACACGCUUGAGGCUGUUGAUGCCUGUCCAAAGUUGCUGAAAGAGAUGGUUUAAAUACUGGUUCUUUUUCUUUUUUUAAAUUAUAUAGUACAGCUUUGACUCACUCUCAGUAGUUUCCUCAAUCAGGUGUCUCAUCGAAAUCCUCUUAGACAGCAGGUUGGGAAGGAGCCAAUCAGAGCGCACUUUUCCUUACCUCAAUGCCACUCUGUAUUAUUUAAAGGUACAGUAGCUCUCUUGCAGUCACAUUAAGGUACCAGUUAUGUCCAUAAAGCACUUUAAC